AUGGCGCCCAAUCCCUCGAUCUCGACGCGGCAACCGCUCAAACUGCUCAUGCUUCACGGCUACACGCAGUCCGGUACCCUCUUCCACGCCAAAAGCCGCGCCCUGACAAAACACAUCCAAAAAGCUUUCCCCCUCCACGAAGUCUCUGCCAUCUACCCAACAGCCCCCAUCCGUCUCAGACCCGCCGACAUCCCAGGCUACGAGCCCUCCUCGGAAAGCAGCCCAGACAACGAAAUCGAAUCCUACGGCUGGUGGCGCCGCUCCAACACCGCGAACCCGCCGCUGUACACCGGCAUUGAAGAAGGGUUUGCAGCAGUAGCGCGCACGCUGAAAGAAGAAGGUCCUUUCGACGGCGUGAUCGGGUUCUCGCAGGGCGCGGCGCUGGCCGCCAUGGUCGCAGCGCUACUGGAGCCCGGCCGGAAGGAGUCAUUCGAGCACUUUUCUAAGAUAAGCACUGAUGGUGCGGCGGGGAUGGUGAUUCCGGCGCCAUUCGGCGAGGAGAGCUUCCAGCAUCCGCAGCUUAAGUUUGCGGUUUGUUACUCUGGAUUCAGGGCGCCUGGGGCUCGGUACAGGGCUUUCUAUGAGGAGCCGGCUAUUCAGACGCCUGUGUUGCAUGUGCUUGGGUCUUUGGAUGCUGUAGUUGAGGAGUCGAGGAGUCGGGCUUUGGUUGAGGCUUGUGCUGGUGAACCUGAGAAGGACGGGUUGGUUGUUUGGCAUCCCGGUGGUCACUUUUUGCCGAGUCAGCGGCCGUAUCUUGAUGCUGCUGUGCUGUUUAUCCGGAAGCAGAUGGAGCGGAGUGCUGGCUUGAAUGGUAUGAAGGAGGUUGGCUUGAAUGGUAUGAAGGAGGUGGAAGAGGACGUGAACGAUAUGGAUUUGCCAUUCUGA